GUGAACGAAUUUAGGGAAAAAUAUUUUUCAUUGGGUAAAUUUCUACUCGAGAUAAAUUUAUUUUUCGGCGUGAUACAGUACAGUAGCAAUAACCUCUAAAUUUAAAUCCAUCUCUCACUUACCGGUAUGAAUUCUUAUGUAGCCUAUUCUGCAUUAUUUUAAAUCGUUUGAGUUGUAUAAUAACAUAGGAGUGAUAAGAGUAGAUAGAUAAUUGGAGAAAUAACAAAUUGUACAACAUUAUUGUUUCACAGUUACUGUGCUGAAAUGAUGUACCUGAGCCUAGUAAUUUUAUGGACCAUAUCUGCAUUAAACUUUUGUGAUGGAGCGAAAAUUCUAGGAAUAUUUCCAACGGCUUCUUUCAGUCAUCAACAGCCUCUACUGGCUGUAACAAGAGCUCUGGCUGAGAAGGGACAUGAGCUCACUGUUAUUACCACCAACCCUAGCAAGACACCAUUGAAAAAUCAUAGAGAAAUCGAUAUAAGCUUUCUAUACCAAGAAUGGCCUGAGUUACAGCAGAAUCGUAUAUUUUCACUGCAGGAAAGAGUCAAUGCUUUCUCGCAUGUUGGAGACUUUCCUCUUUUCAUAGAAUAUUUUAGUCAUAAGGCUCUUGGAUCAAAUCAAUUACAAGACUUCAUAAGAGAAGUGAACGGCACCACAUUUGACCUAAUCAUCUAUGAAGGACUCAGCUACUCCAGUUAUCUAGGCUUCAGUGAAUUGGUUGGCAACCCUGCAGUAUUAUCCAUAGUAACAGUGCACCCGUUCCCAAUCUCCAACGCAAAAGUUGGUAACCCUGAGCUACCAUCUUAUAUUCCGACAAUUUUCUACCCGUACGGCCACAAAAUGUCAUUCUUGGAACGCCUGGUCAAUUUUUCAAUCAACAUCUAUUGUCAGUAUAUAAAAUUGCGCUACUUGGAUCCUCUACAUGAAGAGUUGAUACAGAAAUAUUUUGGGAAUGCAAGGCACACCGCAUAUGAAUUGGAGAAAAAUAUUAGCAUGAUGAUAGUGAGCGCUGACUUAGCCACUGGGUACCCGAGGCCUCUGCAUCCUAAUACAAUUAAUGUGGGACCGAUGCAUCUCCGUAAGCCUGACCCCUUGCCACAGGACCUCCAAACUUGGAUGGACCAAUCACAGGAUGGCGUGAUCUAUUUCAGUUUAGGCAGUAAUAUGAAAGGCACUUCGGUGCCAGCCAAUAAGAGGGCUGCAUUUAUCAGGGCUUUUGCUCAACUGCCCAGCUACAGAGUGCUCUGGAAGUGGGAGGCGGACGAACGUUUGCCAGGCCAGCCUGAUAAUGUACUAGUGAGGAAAUGGCUUCCCCAACAAUCGAUUCUUGCACACCCAAAAACGAAACUGUUCAUAAGCCAAGUGGGUCUACAGAGUUUCCAGGAGGCUAUCUCUUUUGGAAUACCUAUACUGGGCUUCCCAAUGUUCGGCGACCAGGACUUCAAUGCUAGAAAGCUGGUCGAUUCAGGAGCGGGCAGAGCCAUGGAGUUCAAUGACAUCAGCUAUGAAAAUGUCUUCCAGAAUUUGGAGCAGCUGCUCACUAAUUCAAGCUACAAAGAGAACAUGAUGAAACUGUCACAAAUCACAAACGACAAGCCAAUGCCCGCCAUUGAGACAGCAGUCUGGUGGAUAGAGUACGUGUUGAGGCACAACGGAGCCAAUCACAUCAAGCCUGCAUCUAUGGAUCUGGCCUGGUACCAGUAUCACUGUUUGGACGUUAUUGCAGCUAUCUUGGGAGCCAUUUUAGCAGUAGUAUUGAUUGUUUUCUAUGUUUUACGGAAGAUUUUAACAGGAUUAACAAAUAGUAAAUUGAAAAGGCAUUGAAUGUGGGGUUGUUUUCUAUUAAAAGGAUUUUCAGAUAAUAAACUGACAUGUAACUUGUAGAUUUGAGAAAUAAUUAUUAUAAAGGAUUUAAACAGAAUUAUCAGAUAAUAAAUUAAAAGGCAUUGAAUGAAGGGUUGAUUUUAGUUCACUUUAGGUAUCCGUGCCGUUAUUGUGGAUAUGUAUUGAUAAAGAAAUAUUAUGAAGGAUUUUAACAGAAUCAUUAGAUAAUUAAUUGAAAAUGCAUUGAAUGUGUAGUUAAUUUUUGUAAUUUCAGUAUGGAUUGUUUUCUAUGUUUUAUGGAAUAUUUUAACAGGAUUAACAGAUAGUAAAUUAAAAAGGCAUUGAAUGUAGGGUUGUUUUCUAUUAAAAGGAUUUUCUUUUAAAAAAAAUUGAAAAGGCAUUAAAUGUAGGGUUGAUUUAGUUCACUUUAGGUGUCCGUGCCGUUAUUAUGGACUUGUAUUGAUAGAAAAAUAUUAUAAAAGAUUUCAACAGAAUUAUCAGAUAAUAAAUUAAAAGGCAUUGAA